AUGAAUAAUACACUUCAAUCUCAUUCAUCAAAUAUUGACAAUGAUGAAUGUUCAUUAACAGAUACUCAAAUUUUAGCUUUAUGUAAAGAAUUUGCAUCAAUAACCAAUACUGAUACAACUUUAGCUAAGAUGAUAUUACAAGAAAAUCAAUGGAAUCUUGAACGUGCUGUUAGUAUUUAUUUUGAUUUACUAAUAGAUGAAAAAAAAUCAUCUAUUAAAGAAAUUAAUAAUCAAUAUCAAAAUUCUGAAUUAAAUAUAAAAUCAAUAAUACCUCAUAUUGAAUUAUCAAAUAUUAAAAAAAAUUUUAAAUUACUUUCAUGGAAUAUUGAUGGACUUGAUGAAUAUGCACUUGAAAUAAGAACACAAGGUGUUAUUGAUAUUAUUAAAAAAGAAGAACCUGAUGUUAUAUUUCUACAAGAAGUUAUUCCAACAUCACUUAAAUUAAUUCGAAUAUUUUUACCAGAAUAUGAUUCAUAUACUGGAAAUAUUGAAGGUUAUUUUGUGGUUAUAUUAACUCGACGAGAAAUGUUUCGAAUACAUGGUUUUGAAAUAAUUGCAUAUCCUAAUACUAAUAUGAAUCGUAAUUUACUUAUUGUUCAUACUACAUAUAAAAAUUCAAUUGAAAUUGAUCUAAUGACAUCUCAUCAUGAAAGUGGUACUGAAGAAUUAUCAAGUCAACAACGUAUUGAACAAUUAAAAUUAUGUUUUCAACGAAUGUUAGAUGCUCCAUUACAACGAAUUGUUCUAUUUGGUGGUGAUUUGAAUAUGAGAGAAAAAGAAUUACGAAAAAUUGGUAAUAUACCAUCUGGCAUAUGUGAUUUAUGGAUUGAAACAGGCAAACGAAAUGAAUGUGCAUAUACAUGGGAUAUGAGUGUUAAUACAAAUAAUAAUUUUCCAUCAAAUACUUUUCAACCUCGAGCACGUUUUGAUCGUUUAUAUUUUCGAUCAACAAUAGAAACUAAUAUAAAAUUUCAACCAAUUUCUUUUGAACUUAAAGGUCUUGAGAAACUUUCAUCUAUUCAACGUUAUUGUUCAGAUCAUUGGGCUAUUCAAGUUAAUUUUGAAAUUUAA